AUGGAUCAUAAGUCAUCCUGGCCUUGGAAGAAAAAACCUACAGAGAAGACAAUAAUUGCAGAUGACAAGAGUAACCUUUCUUCGACUAAAGAUGAAAAUGAGACAUUAGUAGAUCCUAAAGCACAAUUAGAAAGAGAUCUGAAACUUCUGAACGAAAAGCUUUCUUCUGCCCUUGCUGAGUGUAUGCAUAAAGAUGAUUUUGCAAAGAAACAGGCUAAAAUCGCCCAGGAAGCUAUUGCAGGCUGGGAGAAAACAGAGACAGAAGCAUUAUCUUUAAAGCAAGAACUUGACAAAGCCUUGCAACAAGUAGUAUCAUCUGAAGAAAGAUUAGUUCGCCUGGAUGCAGCGUUGAAGGAAUGCAUGCAGCAGUUGCGCUUUGUCCGGGAAGAGCAGGAGAAAAGAAUACAUGAUGCUGUAAUGAAGACAUCCAAAGAAUAUGAAAACUCACGGAUUUCCUUGGAUCAGAAGUUAGCUGAGGCCAGGAGAAGAGUUUCUAGGUUGGAAAGUGAAAAAAAUCAGCUUAGUAAGGCACUGUUAACGAAGGAAAAGGUGAUUGAAGAAUUAAGAAAUCUAAGAGCACAGACCGAGGCAGACCUUGGUUCUCUGAUAACCAGAGUAGAGUCUACUGAGAAGGAGAAUGCUUCUCUGAAAUAUGAGGUCCGCGUGCUUGAGAAGGAGCUUGAGAUUCGGAAUGAAGAAAGAGAAUUUAAUCGUAGAACUGCUGAUGUUGCACACAAACUACAUCUGGAAAGCGCAAAGAAAAUUGCUAAUCUGGAGGCAGAAUGCCAGAGAUUACGUGUUCUUGUUCGUAAGAGGUUGCCAGGCCCUGGAGCUUUAGCGAAAAUGAAGAAUGAAGUGGAGAUGUUGGGAAAGGGUCAAUCUGAAAGAAGGAGAAGGAAUUCCAGUCCAUCCUCUAUUGAACCCGCAGAUUUUUCUGCAGAUGAGGCCCCUGAUACGCCCAUAAGAAAGAUCAAUUUCUUGACUGAGCAAUUAUGUCUUUUGGAAGAAGAGAAUAGGAAUCUCCAAGAAGCUCUGAACAAGAGAAUGAAUGAACUUCAGAACUCUGCAGCCAUGCAAAGAAAAGAAGCUUCCAGCUUAUCACUUGUAGGUCAUCUUGUGGAUAAUGGAACACAACAACAAUAUAAGAAUUCAAGUGCCAUUAAUGGAAAAGAAAUGUCUCUGGCAUCCAUAUCUGACAUGGGCAGUGAUGAUAAAGCCAGUUGUGCUGACUCUUGGACUUCGGCUUUGAUAUCUGAUCAGGAGCAAUUAAAGAAUGGAAAAGCAGUGCAAACACCAAUAAGUAGAAGUGUUGGAUCUUCAGACAUAAGCUUAAUGGAUGAUUUUGUUGAGAUGGAAAAGUUAGCUGUUGUAUCUGCAAAGAGUCCAUAUGGCAUUAAAGACUAUGUUGCAGAGAAUGAUGCAACCCUUAAUCCCUUGAAAAUGCAAGCUAGUGAAAAUGUGGCUGGUGUAGCUACUAGUGAUCUGUACAAAAUACCAGUGCCUAACCUGCCAAAUGGACUGAAAAGGGUGCCAAUUGAUCAUGCUCCUUCUAGUUUUGAAAGCUUAUUGAAAAUGGUUUUGCAGCAAAGCCAAGUGUUACAGCUUAAACCUGUUGAAGUACUUGAUGAGAUUAAAGCUGCAUUGCAACAAAGUGUUUGUCCAGAUUCUCAACAGCACGAUAUCAAGGAAAGCAUGGGCAAUGAUAUUGCUGUAUCUGCCGAAAAGCAUAAGUCUGAGGUAUCUCUACAAAAAGGUGUGAAGGAAGAUAUAUCUGACAAAGAAGUAAGCAUUAAUAUCUACAGACCAAAAAAGAUCAGCCCCAAACUACAGCCUAACAUGGGCAAAUCGAUUCAUAAGAUUGUAGAACUCAUUGCAGGGAUAACUAUACCGCCGUUGGAUGAUUGUAAUGCACAUAUGUCGUCCAGGAAAGAUGAUACAUUUCUGCAGUAUGAAAGUGCAGAAAAUCCUACAGGAUAUGUUGAACGUGUGUUUCAAUGGAAAGCGUCUGAACUAUCCAGCACCUUAAAGAGGUUUGUACAAAGUUGCCAUGAUCUGUUAAAUGGAAAGUCAGAUCUUGAAAGUUUUACUGAACAACUAGCGUCUACUUUGGAAUGGAUCAUGAACCACUGCUUUUCACUCCAAGAUGUUUCAAGCAUGAAAGAUGCAAUCAGAAAUUAUUUGGAUUGGGAUGACUCAAGAAGUGAAAGUGAAAUAGACAGUGUAACAGUUAAUCCUAUUUCAGAGUCAAACAAGUUGACCUUCCAAAAGGAAGAGAUCUUCUCUUUCACACUUUCCUCUCUCUCAAAUGUGUGUAACAGUGAUUCUGUAGUUAAAGAAGUUGGACCAUCAGCAAAAGAAGAAAUUGCAACAGUGAAGUCUGAAUCGCCAAGCAAUGUAUCUGCAAAGCAUGAUGUGGAAGAGAGAUGCCAAUCAGAGGUUCUGAAGAGUGAACCCCAUAACUUUGAACAACAGGAGUCUCACAAAGCAGUUGACAGUUUACAGAUGGAAGCAGACAUCAUCGAGCAUAUGAAGGAGAAAGCAACACAUCCAUAUGAAAAGCACCAGAGGCUAAAUGAAUAUCUUGAUACUCAGCUGUCUAUGCCCAAUAAUGAAUUGAAGGAAUCUGGUGAUAAGAUGUCUGUGGUAAAUGAAUUGGAUAGCAAAGAACAUUCUCGCCAACAAUUAGGACAGACAUCGCAUGAUAUGCCACUUCCACAACAAAGCAUGAAUUCAAAGGGAUGUUCAGAUGAUGUCAUGGACAAUAAAAAAGAACUAAGAACUGAUUGGGAGAUAGUAGCAGCUUCAGAGAAGUUGGCCGAGUGCCAAGAAACUAUCUUAAACUUGGGGAAACAGUUAAAGGCGUUGGCUUCACCCCAUGAGGCAGCACUGUUUGAUAAGGUCAUCUCUAGCCCUGCUCAUGAAACUCUUGUUGCCACAUUGACAACUCCAGAGAAGAUUCGCCCGCGGACAUCUCUCCUGGACAAAAUGCUUGCUGAAGAUGAGACUGAGAGUAAGGAUUUUGACUCUCAAAAAACUGAGGUUCAUAUGCUGGAUGCUAAGAGCUACCCUGCAGCAUUUGCACCUAACAAGACCACGGAAGUCCUGGAGACCAUUUCAAGUCCAAACAGAGUUAUUAGUCCACCAAAAGAUGAAACUGCGACCGGUUACAUGGCUAUCAUUCCUAGUAAGAAGAGGAGAAAUGGAGGAUUGUUAAAGAAGCUACUACGGAUGAGAAAGACUGGUGGUUGCUAG